GGAAGAUGGAGCCUCUCUCUUCUGUUUACAAGUGUUGUUACUUCUCAUUAGAGCUGAAACGAUUCGUCAAUGAAUCAAUUACAUGACUGACAGAAAAUAAAUCAUUUUUUUAAGCAAAAGAGACAAAAAAUGACCAGUUCCAGUUUCUCAAAUGUUAAUAUUUGCCGGUGUCUGUGUCCUCUGAUAUUAAACUGAAGAACUUUGGGUUUUUGACUGUUGGUUGGACAAAACAAGACAUUUGAACACGCUUCAGAAGAGGUAUGGUUUGGUAUCACAACCAAAACUCAGCUAUUUUAUUGACAAAUGAUAACAAGCCCUAUUAAAGGGAAGUAAUUUUACACUGGAAUUGUGUUUUUGUAGUUACGUAUUGUUUGAAAACAAGCAUUGAUUUAAUGAAAAUGUUGCUGAUUAUGACUUUAUUUCCACACUCAACACAAGGCUGCACAUUUCUCACUGUGUCAGAUGUAUCUUUUUUUAAGUGCUGCGUGUUAGCAACACAAAGAGGGCCAAGGAGGACAGGGGUGAUUUGGGGUGAAAUGUAAACAAGGCCAGUCAGGAAGGAUUAGCGUAGUGUGAGCACCAUGGCCCUGCAGCGGCACCCAACACUUUAACAAUGGCGGCUUGUUUUUUUUGGAUUUAAAACGUUUUGUUGUGCGUUUCUGUAUUUUGUGUGUAUGUUUGUGCUUUGCAGAUUUUUAUUCAGAUGCUACAGUAACAGAUGUGGUUUUAUAGUUUGAGAGACUGUAGUCCAUCCAUCCACUCCUUGCGUGCAUUUUUACUUCCUAGUCAGGAUGUGUUCUAGGGUUGUUCCUAAGAAUUAAGUUCCCUGUCGAUUAAACUGACAUUUACAUUUAGACAAUUCGACUGCCAACCCAUGCUGGUUUUACUAGACGUCAUCUGUCCCACUUUCCACCUUGCUUGCUUACACCAUCCAGGUGUUGGCACGGGUAGACGGGGGCUGCAGUUAUGAUCGGCCUGGUUACAUCUCGGAUGCAACAGUUGGAAAUGAAUACAAUUUUAAUAAUGAGUUUAACUGAAGUAUUUCUGGUGCAGACUUGUGAGGGUAGCAACAUUUAAGCUUUUAGUGGACAUCCCUAAUGUGUACAGUUCCCAAGAGGAAAUUAAAGACCUUCAAACUAAUUAAUGUUUUUCAGAAGCUUCUUUUUGUCAAAAGGCAAAUUAAGAGAUUAGUUAAGAAAAAAAAAACCUUUACCCUUUCUGUCUCUAAACAUGAGAGAAACGCACAUCCUUUGCCUCAAUGUUUUCUUGUAAUACUGGUGACUUAUGGUUUGCAAUUUGAAAUAGCCAAAGUCCUCAGAAGCAUUGACUUCGGUUUCCUCAAAAAAAAAAAAAAAAAAAACGAAAUAAUUCCAGGCCUUAUCAUCCUUACUGUUUGUUGGAGACAGGUAUAAAAUUGCAUUAUAUAUAGUAUUAAAGAGGUCUUAAAGAGUCUUGAGCUUAACCUGCAUAAAACAUAUUUGCUGUGUUAGGACAGAAAUAUAUAUAUUUAUAUAUAUUAUAUAUUUAUAUAUAUUUUGCAACUUCAUGUGUUUUUAUUGGUCUUAGAUCCAUUUUGUGAUACCAUUAAAAAGGUUUUAACUUUAAUAUUUGGCUUAAUGGAUCCUGCAGGCUGGCUUCAACCGUCCCCUAUACAGCAUUUGAGUGCUUCAUCGAAUGUUGCGGCGUUUCCUGUUGCCAUGGUUACCCCCCCUGCAGGAGUGAGUGAAUGAGAAAUGCAGACUGUAGACUUAGCAGAUGAAGAACAGGCACGAGUCCAUAAAGGCAGACAGAGAGAAGUCACAGACGUACAAGACAAAAUAUUAGGGAGGCUUUUCAAUAUAAUGCAGCAAAACCAACACAGCAACAGCACAAACUGAACCAGGAUCAGACAAAGCGCCUGUUGCAGCGUUGCUGUAAUGUCACAGACUGUGCAUCGCUUUUAGCUAUGUUCUCAUCCAAAUACCAAGAAAAUUUAAAUACCACGUAUAUAUAAAUAAAUUUAAAUUCAUAUUCUAAUGUUAACUAGAUCAAAAGUGUGCUUUUCUUCAGUGGAUUGAACUAAACAAGUUAGCUUCAUUGGCUACAUAUUGUACAUGUCAUUCAUUUAAGGCAGUAGCUACAGUAUCUUUGUUUUUUAUUACUUCAGGUGCUGUAUUGCACCACUUUGUAGGUAUAAAAAAUAUAUUGAAUGAGAGAAUAUAAAGUCAAAGUUGAGUUCUAAAUUUUUCAGCAUUGCUGACAUAUUUAUUUGUGUUAUUUUUUUAUUUAUUUAUGUGGAUGCUUAUUUGUUGCUGUGUUUAUUUUUGAGGAAUUGUGGCCCAUAUGUAAAUGUUUGUGCCUCUCACCCUGUUGUUGCACGUGCCAUGUUAACAGCAUUAUCUUUUGCUUUUCUGUUUUUGUUCUGCUAUAGUGAAAACAUACAGAACUGUGACCUUAAACUGCAGUUCAUGUAAGCUGUGCAUUUUGUGAACCUUACCACGGGCAUUAUGCCAGAAUAAAAUGCAAAUAUAAUUAGCGUAUGGCAGUAACAGCUGUUACAGAGCUGAUGAUGGUCUGCCAACCAUGUGUCUGCUGUUUCAUUAAAUCUACUCAGAGAAUAUUCUUGAUUUUUCACUUGAAAUAACAGGAAUUAUCCUGAACAAAAGAAGAUCCGGGCUCUUAUUGUCAACAUCUUGGUGGUGGAUGACACGUCCAACAAGUGUGUUUUAGGGUUUCGAAAAAACUUCCAAGUACUAAGAACUACUCGUUCUGGCUCAUUGGAAGAAAAAAAGAAUGAAUAGUUGAGCGUUGGCGUUUACCAUAAUGAUUGCACUUAUUUUGUUACUGACCUUUCUCUUUACCAUGUGAACCUCCUCCAUAGGUCAGUUGAAGCUGAAAAUGAGUGCAGUAGGGGAAAGCCCCCUGGACCCUGCCACGCCGGAGUCACGCAAGAGGAAGGGCUCACCAUGCGACACAUCGGGGCAAAGCCUGGAGAAGCGGAGACGGGAGCUGGAGUGCCGCUACAUCGAGGAGCUGGCUGAGCUGCUGUCGUCCAACAUGGGCGACAUCGCCAGUCUCAGUGUCAAGCCCGACAAGUGCCACAUCCUCAAGAGCACCGUGGACCAAAUCCAGCAGAUCAAACGGCGUGAGCAGGAGAAAGCAGCUCUUCUGUCUCCAGAUGACGAGGUGCAGAAGAGCGACAUCUCCUCCAGUAGCCAGGGGCUGGUGGAGAAAGAGGCACUGGGGCCCAUGCUGCUAGAGGCCCUCGAUGGGUUUUUCUUUGUCGUCAACCGGGAGGGCCGCAUCGUCUUUGUCUCUGAGAACGUGACGAGUUACCUCGGAUACACCCAGGAGGAGCUGAUGACCUCAAGUGUCUACAGCAUCCUCCACGUGGGAGACCACAAUGAAUUUGUACGCAAUCUGCUGCCCAAAAGCCUCGUAAACGGUGUGCCAUGGCCACAGGAACCUGGCCGAAGGAACAGCCACACCUUUAACUGUCGCAUGCUGAAGAGGCCGCCGGACGAGGCGGAUUCAGAAAAUCUGGAGGCUCGGCAGCAGUACGAGAUCAUGCAGUGUUUCACCGUUUCCCAGCCGCGGGCCUUGCAGGAGGAGGGAGAUGACCUGCAGAGCUGCCUGAUCUGUAUUGCCUGUCGGAUACCUCGCACCCAGCCUGUCAGCAGUGAGUCUUUCAUCACAAAGCAGGACCCCACAGGGAAGAUCAUCUCCAUAGAAACGAGUGCUUUGCGAGCAACAGGCCGGCAUGGCUGGGAGGACCUGGUCAGGAAGUGUAUCUACGCUUUCUUUCAGCCGCAGGGUAAAGAGCCCUCCCACGCCAAGAAGCUGCUGCAUGAGGUGAUGACCCACGGCAGCGCCAUCAGCCCGCUUUACCAUUUCACAUUAAGUGAUGGCACCCCGCUCAGCGCUCAGACCCGCUGCAAGUUCUGCUGCCCCCCCAACCCUGACGUACAGCCCUUCAUCAUGGGCAUUCACACUAUUGACAGGGAACACAACACUGCUAGCUCUCAGGAAAACACUAACCCCAGCCUUCCACCGACCCUCGGCAGCCUUGCCCAAACUCCCUCCCGCUCCCCAACCCUUCCUCCCGGCAGCAACUCAACCCAAGUUUCAGGCCUCGCCAGCUCAGGCCUUCACCCCAACAACAGCAACGCCUCCUCCCACGGACAUAACCCAGCCACACCCACAGGCUAUCUGACGCCCAGUCGGACGUGUCCCCAACAGGUCAACAGUCCCUCUCCUUUGAGCAGCCCACUCACAGCCACCCCUACCUCUUUUAUGUCACCCAGGAUGCCACGGGCCAGCCCUGGGUUAGGGGGAAGCCCUCGGGUACCAGGGAACCCCUUCUCUCCCUCCACACCAGGCCUCCAUUCCCCAGCCGGGGCACUAAGCAGCGGAGGCAGCCUCAACCGGCAGCAGUCUAGUGGUGAUAGUGGUAGUGGUGCCAGCGGUGGGUCGACAGGGUCCUUCUCCUUGCCCUCUCCUGUCCCUCAGAGACAAGCCAGUACACCCACCGGCUCCUCUACUCGGCCUCCAUCGGCAAAACCCCCAGAAGGAGGCGAAGGGGGGGGAGAGGACUCUGUUAAAGCCACCCUCCCUUCUGCCUCACAGCUGGGUACCCCCAGGCUCAAUCAGCUCCUGGAAAGCAAUGGGACAGCAGUUGAAUCUAACAACAGCAGCAUCAACUGCACCUCGUCACCUCAUCCUCCUAACCCCCUCCCCGUCCCUCCGUGCCCUGCCUCCCACAGUACUCUAACAGAACGACAUAAGAUCCUCCACCGGCUGCUCCAGGACAAUAGUCCCAACGAUGCCACCACCACAGAGGAAGGAGUCAACAAAAACGAAGUAGAGAUCAAGAAGGAGCCGCCCGCCAGUCCAGCACUUAGCACAGUAGCUCCCAAGUCCAGCUCCAGAGAGCCGCAGGACCACCAGUUACUCCGCUUUCUCCUGGAUACAGACGAGAAGGACCUGGGAGACCUGCCUCCUCCAUCUGCCCUCAGCCUGCAGACGGUUAGGGUAAAGGUGGAGAAGAGAGCCAGCGGGGAGGGGGUGCCGUGCUUAGGGUCCACUGUUGCAGCGGGAGGUGCAGCCAAACCUGCGGGAGUUUCCAGCAGCUCGGUUUGCAUCAGCCCCAAAUCAAGUCCUGUCGGAGAGAACCGCCGGGACAGCCGCAAGGACAGCAGAGACUCCACGAUGUCCGGUGGCCCUGUUGACAUGGACCCCCUCACCCAGCUGCUGCCUGGCCUGAGAGGCCCAAGUGGGGCCAAACAGGGCAGUGAGGAUUCAACAACCCCUGGAGCAGGCCCCCAACUUCAAUCUCCGGCACCCCAGGCCCAGCCCCCAGCUCAGCUCCAGUCCCCCGUGCCUCAGCUCCAGUCCCCCCUGUCCCAGCCCCAGUCUCUUCCACAGUUGCAGUCGCCGUCACCCCAGCUCCACUCCCCUUCCCCCCAGCUCAAACUGCAGUCACCCACCCAGCUCCAGCCCGGUGAGGCCAACACUCCCCGCAAUGUAAAUGUGAAGAGAGAGCCUCCUGGCACUCCUAACAGAGGGCUCAGUGAUGGCGGACCGCCCUCUGGUUGUAGCCUCCAGAGUCAGUCGUCAUUCGAUUUCUGCAGUCCCCCCACUCCAAGCCAGACGCAAGCCCAGGGACAGGGAGACCCCUUUCAGACCCCCAAAGACAGCAGCCCCUUUCCAGAGGCAGAAGUUAUCAAUCCAUUCAGUUCAAGCACUGGCCUAACCAAGAUGGACGUGGGAGACUCCCAGUUCCAGCCUCUGCCCCUGUCUGAAUCCUUGUCUUUUGAUGGUCUUGGAACCCCCUUACAGGCUCCCCUGGCAUCACCACAAGAACAGUGCGUGCCCUGUACGCUGGACGAAGUGCUCGGCCCUCCGACCACACCUGAAGGCCGAAACGACGAGAAAGCUCUUUUAGAGCAGCUCGUCUCCUUCCUCAGUGGGACUGAUGAGAGUGAGCUAGCAGAGCUGGACAAGGCCUUGGGUAUCGAUAAGCUGGUACAGGGUGGCUGCUUUGACCCUUUGCCUCAAAACUUCCAAACCCAGCAACCCACUGCCACCCCAGUUUCCAUGGACCCUAAAGUCCCCACCUACCCUUCCCAAUUCACACCAGCUCCUCAAGCUCAGUUUCCUCCAGAGCUGGCCACGGUGGGGCCCCAGGGUCUGGGGUUUGGAGCCCCUCGGGGCACUUUCCCCGGUGGGAUGGGCAUGGGCCUGAGGCCAGGCAUGACGCGACCCCAGGGGAUAGGAACUCAGCUCAGGCUGCCACCCAACCAACUGCGCCUGCAGCUGCAGCAGAGACUCCAGGGCCCACAGCAGCUCCAGAGCAGGCUGGCGGGCAUAAACCAGUUUCCCGCAGGAGCCCAGCAUGUGAACAUGGGUAUUCGUCAGGGGGUUCAACAGCCUCAAAUACCCUCACAACAGCCUCCACUGAAUGCCCAGAUGCUGGCUCAGCGUCAGCGGGAACUCUACAGCAUCCAGCACCGCCAGCGCCAGCUUUUCCAGCAGAAGGUCAUGCUGAUGAGGCAGAACAUGGCAGGCACUCCGACCGGAGCUGUCGGGCCCAUUGGAACUGCCAGGGUCCCCAAAGGCCCCCCCACGACGCCUCAACCACAGCAGCAGCAGCAACAGCAGCAGUUCAACUUCCCACCAGGGUACAACCCAAUCACGGGAAACCCCCCUACCUCACCGAGUCACUUCAGCCCCAUGUCCGGGGGCCCUCUGGACAGCAAACUGUCCGCCAGAGUUCCUCUGAAUAACCAGACGCUGAUGAGCGGCGUGCAGGGCCAGUUCAGCAGCACCGUGAACUCCUCGUUGCAGCAGGGCCUGUUUCAGCAGUUUGGAGGGUCUGCUAUAGUCCAGCAAGACCCAUCCUUCCCUCCUGAGAUGAGCCCGACCAGCCCGUUGUUGUCACCUCAAAACUCAACCUCCCAGAGUCCUCUGCUUCAGCAAGCCCCACCUCCUGGCUACCAGUCACCAGACAUGAAGAGCUGGCAACAGACGGGCAUGGUCAGCAACAGCCUGUUCAGUCAGUCAGGACAGAGUGCAGGGCAGGCGUUCGGCCAGCAGGGGGUUUACAACAACAUGAGCAUCACCGUCUCCAUGGCCGGAGGCUCGGGUGGUGUCGGCUCAUUAGCUCCCAUGGGCCAGCCGGUUGUUAUGAGCAACAGUAACCUCAGCAACGUUGGUUCAGUUUGCAGCGACCAGCAGGUGCAGCAGGUUCAGGUGUUUGCGGACGUCCAGUGCACAGUGAACCUGGUUGGCAGUGACUCCUACCUGAACCAAGGCUCCAUCGGCGCUGCGGCGUCCCAGAAAGGCCCCGGGCCGCAGGGCUCCCAGAACAACCAGGCCCAGCAGAAGAGCCUCCUCCAGCAGCUGCUGACCGAGUGACACCUCCCACCCCUUCAGCUCUCCUACUCCCUCUACUUCUCACUUCUACGCCUCCUCCUCGGAGGUCAGCGCACCAGACCCAUUGCUGUCUCUGUCUCACCUUUCGGAUAGAUGGAUAGAAGGAUGGAUGUUUGGACGGCCACAGAGUAGGCUCAGAGAGGUCUGGCUGUCGGUGGAGUUACACAGCCUAACCACUUCUGUGCGGGGGUGGGUGGGUGG